AUGAGCUUGGGUAGCAUUAGGUUUUCAGCAAGAAGCACAGUUGAGACAGUUAUAAAGAUACUCAACAGCUCCUAUGAAGCUCUGCCCGAGACCUUCUCUGAGGACCUUCGUCAGCUGGUAACAGACACACUUCAGAUGGAUCCAAAGAACCGGCCGUCUGUUAGUGAGAUCUUGACCAGGCCUUUCAUUAUUAAACACCUCCAUAAAAUGAGCUUACAAACGACUGAAGAGCUUUAUAAGACUCUAGAUGCACUGAGAAAGCUGGCCGACGGUUUGGAGACGGUCCACUUCAACACAACCGUCAGCAGCCUCACAGGAGGUGUAGUAGGAUUGGCUGGAGGAAUCACAUCUGUGGUUGGAGUUGUUCUCGCUCCGUUCACUCUUGGAGCGCCUCUGAUAGUAACAGGAGUGGGAAUCGGUGUAGCAGUAGCUGGUGAAGUAACAGCUGGUGUGAGCAACAUAAUAAAGAUGGUUAAGCAGUGCUUAAACCGCCAAAAAAUCAAAAUGAUGAUAACAGAGUUCCAAGAAAAAAUUAUGUCCACAAUUUGCUGCAUCCAAAACAUCCAAAUUGCAAUGGAAACUCUAGAAAGUGUGUUUCCCAUGAAGAGAAGGCCAUGUUCCAAUCCACAUGCUAGGGCUAAAACUGAACUUGGACAAAGCCUGAGAGUAAUUCCAGAGAUAUUCCGUUUACAUGAAGUUGCAAAGGUUAGGAAAGUUGCAUCUCAGGCUGAGAAAGCCGUUCGAGUGGCUGAAGCAGCUACAAGGAUUUUAUCUGCACUUUUUGUUGCGGUUGAUGUCUUCUUUGUUUUUCUCGACUCAAGAGAAAUCCACAACAUCCGUCGUGAUUGCGCUUUAAAAGAGAGUCAACGAGAAACAAAAUCCACCAGCAAACAAACCACUUUUUCAACUGACCAGACAUCAGAGCACAAAGACACAACCAAUCUGCUACCCGCAGAGCAAGAGCUGAAGUCUGAGACCAUGAAAUUUGUGACAAAAAUAAAGGAGACUACAGAGAAGCUUCAGGUGAUUCUAGAUACACUACGAGAUGCAUUGCACCCAAACUGAGACACGCUUAUUAUAACUAAUACUUUUCAGAGAUUGCAUUUUGUAAUGCUCAGUGUGUUCUUUCAUCAAUAGAUUUAUAUGUAUUCAUUGUUGUAGUAGCAAAGGUUAGUUAAUGGUAACUGCAUAUUCAGGUUUUCAUGAUUAUAGUCUCUAAAUCAAUAUCACUAGUUAAGAUAAUGCUGAAAGUAAACUUAGUAAGCAGUAAAAGAAGCAUCUUCACUUUAAUUAUGUUAAUAAUGUACACUGGGACUUUGCCUUUAUUUUCAUCUUUUGAAAAUGUAAACUCAAAAUAUGUGAGUCUUUGUG